AUGGAUUGUCUCAUUCGUCAGGCUCGCAAAGAAGUAGCCAAUCCGCGUCGGAUCGCCUUCAAUAUCCUAUGGUACGGAGGCCACGCAGCGCUAUUCGCCGUCGGCUGGGUCGAACAGAAGAACAACCCCCGCCUUGCUGCACUGAACGGUCUCAAAGCUUCCGUCUGGUUCUCACGCGGUGCAGGACUAUGUCUUGCUGCCGAUGGUGCUCUGCUUCUGCUGCCUCUACUGCGAAAUGCGAUUCGUUACUUGCGACCUCGAUUGGCUUGGCUCAUGCCGCUCGAUGAGGGCACCUGGUUUCAUCGUCAGACUGCCUACUCGCUGCUCUUCUUUACUAUCGUCCAUGUUACGGCGCAUUAUAUCAAUUUCUAUGGCGUAGAGAUCACCCAAGUCCGACCUCAGGCGGCUUGGCAAAUUCACUAUGACUCGCCGGCUGGCAUUACUGGACAUGUCAUGCUGCUCCUUAUGCUGCUUAUGUACACAACUGCCCAUCAUAGCAUGCGAAAGCAGUGCUUCGAAGCCUUUUGGUACACGCAUCAUCUCGCGUUCUUCUUCAUGCUUGGUCUUUACACACACGCAACGGGAUGUUUCGUUCGAGGUUCACUGCCCGGCGAGCCUGUGCAGUGUCUCGGCUACAACUCUUGGCGAGUGACCAUCAUUGGAGGCAUCCUCUACUUUUGCGAGAGGGUCUGGCGAGAGAUUCGCUCAAGACGACGAACACGCAUCGUUGGAGUGCUCAUGCAUCCUUCCGGCACGAUGGAAAUCAGGUUCAAGAAAUCGUCAAUGAGCUAUCGCGCUGGCCAAUGGUGCUUUCUCUGCAUCCCCGAAGUCUCCCGCCUCCAAUGGCAUCCAUUCACAAUCAGUAGCGCACCCGAUGAUCCUUUCAUCUCUGUUCACGUGCGACAAGUUGGCGAUUGGACGCAAGCGGUGGGUACGCGGCUCGGUUGCACAGCCAUUGCAACGAGCAAAACCGAGAAGAAGCUAGCAGCCAGACCUAGCGUUUUCGAGCCGGUUACGAUGCCACACGGCUUCGUCAUGCCUUAUCUGAAAGUCGAUGGAGCCUAUGGCGCUCCAGCAGAGGAUGUAUUCAAGUACGAAGUGGCCGUACUGGUCGGUGCAGGCAUCGGCGUGACACCUUUUGCUUCUGUGCUCAAGGAUAUCUCGAACCAGCGAAAACGAGGCACACUCAAACAUUUGCGUCGAGUCGAGUUCAUCUGGCUCUGUCGCGAGGCGGAAAGCUUCGAGUGGUUCCAAGCACUCCUCAGUACGAUCGAGGACGAAUCGAUCGACUUUCUUCGUAUAUCUAUCUACAUGACUGGCCGCUUGCCUACUGAAGAUCUAUGGAACGUUGUCAUAAAUACAGCUGGUCAGGAAUUCGAUGCUUUGACAAAGUUACGCAGUCGGACAUACUUUGGUCGACCAGCAUUCGGACAGAUCUUUGAGAACUUGCGAAGAUCUGUCAGAUCUGGCCAGUAUUUGCCGGGCGCAGAAGUCUCCCUUUUGACCCGUGUGGGCGUUUUCUUUUGCGGCUCGUCAGGCAUGGCGAAAGUGCUGCAGAGCGAGACCAGAAAGGCGUCAGGCAAGUCGGUCCGCUUUACGCUGCACAAAGAGCAUUUCUAG